AUGUCUCCAAACCUGCAGACUGCCGCCAUCCCGGCGGCAACAGUUCAGUCCCAUGCCUCCAACCUACUCCAACUCCCCGAUAAGACUCUCCUAUGCGCGUGGUUCGGGGGGUCCCAGGAAGGCCUUCCAGAUAUUAGCAUCUGGCUAUCUCGUCAAGAGCCAGGCGUAACUUCCUGGUCGAAGCCUGAAAAGAUCUCUUCAGACACCAAUCGAAGCUGCCAGAACCCAUAUGCUGGCAAUCAAGAUGGGGCCAUCGUCAUGGCUCGCACCUCAAGCGACAGUGGCAAGACCUGGUCACCGCCCCGCUAUCCUCUGAAAGGUGUCACUGGGGCGUUUGUGCGCCAGCCUCUUGUCAUCCUCGAGGACGGAACUUGGGUCCUUCCAGUGUUCCAUUGCCGAUCGACACCUGGUCAAAGGUGGAUCGGCAACAAUGACAUCUCUGCAGUGUUCUACUCCAAAGACGGCGGUCAAACGUGGUCCGAGAAUGUUGUGCCUGACAGCAUUGGCUCUGUACACAUGAACAUCAUCGCGCCAAAGAGCCAAGGUUCCAAAUACAUUGCGUUCUUCCGCAGUCGAUGGGCAGACAACGUCUACCGCUCAACAUCGCCAGAUGGUCUGAACUGGGCACCUCCCAAGGCGACAUCUCUUCCGAACCCUAACAGUGGCAUCUGUGCCACAAGGCUGCCGUCAGGAAACCUGGCCAUUGUAUUCAAUCGCUCCGCUGCCGAAUCUGACAUGGUCAAGCGAGAGGGUCUCUAUGAUGAUAUCACACCAGAAGACGACAAGAGACCGAAUCAAGCUUCGGUGAAUGGGAAGAACGCGAUUUGGGGAACCCCGCGGAAAACACUGACGGUUGCUGUGUCUAGCGACGAUGGCUUAACAUGGAAGAAAAAGGUCCUUGCGGAAGGUGAUGGGUUUUGCAUGACGAACAACUCAAUUGAGAAGACGAAUCGGGAGCUGAGCUAUCCUAGCAUCUUUGUUGAGAAGGAAAGCGUGCAUAUUGCUUUCACAUUCCAUCGCCAGUACAUCAAGUACGUUAGGAUAGACAACAUAGAGGAUUGGUUAGAUCAGGCCUAG